GGUCGUACGCGGAAGUGGGCGUGGUAUAUGUCUGUUGACGUGCUUUCCCGCUUGUCACCUCGCCGGUGGAUUUCAGGCUCGCAUGGAAGUUGACAUCAGCAGUCGGCGGAGGGCAUUCGGCCACUUUUGUGAAGGUCCAGUUGACAGACAUGGUGAGACACUACAGCAUGAUGACGGAGUUGCGAGCCUACAAGCACUCACCCCAGUUUCAGGGCAACUCCCUGGCUGCAGGCCAAGUAGGGCAGUGUUAUGAUGAACAGCCGCACAAUGGGAUGACUUCAGAGGACAAGCAGCACCCGGUUCAACUCCCAGCAGGUGCAACUAACCUACCAUCCGAAGUUGAGCUCAGCCAGAGCAGGCCUUUGAACAUCCCAUACACAUCCAAACGAAAGAAGAAGAAAAAAUCAAGAGCGACAGAAAGCUGCACUACAACUUUUGAUGACCUCUACAAGCUAACGAAUGAGGUUCUUGGUCAGGGGGCCUUUGCUAAAGUCCAAGGAUGUGUAAGCCUGCAGAAUGGACGGGAGUAUGCUGUGAAGAUCAUUGAAAAGAACGCAGGACACAGCCGCAGCCGAGUCUUUCGAGAAGUGGAGACUCUCUACCAGUGUCAAGGAAACAAGAACAUUCUGGAAUUGAUUGAGUUCUUUGAAGACCACACUUGCUUUUAUUUGGUAUUUGAAAAGUUGCGAGGAGGCUCCAUUCUUAUGCACAUCCAGAACCGGAAGCACUUUGACGAGCUGGAGGCCAGCAAGGUUGUACGCGACAUCGCCCAAGCUCUCAACUUUUUACACACAAAGGGUAUUGCUCACAGAGACCUUAAACUGGAAAAUAUCCUUUGUGAAUACACUGAUCAAGUGUCACCAGUUAAGAUCUGUGACUUUGACCUGGGAAGUGGCGUGAAACUCAGCAGCGCCUGCACGCCAAUAACCACUCCUGAGCUCACUACGCCGUGCGGCUCCGCAGAAUACAUGGCUCCUGAAGUGGUGGAGGUGUUCACUGAUGAAGCGUCCUUCUAUGACAAGCGCUGUGACCUGUGGAGCCUCGGGGUCAUCCUCUACAUCCUGUUAAGUGGCAGCCCCCCUUUUACGGGCCACUGUGGCAGCGACUGCGGGUGGGACCGGGGGGAAAUAUGCCGCACCUGUCAGAGUCACCUGUUCGAGAGCAUUCAGCAGGGCAAGUACGAGUUUCCUGACAAGGAUUGGGCUCACAUCUCACACGCAGCCAAGGAUCUCAUCACCAAGCUGUUGGUGCGAGACGCCAUGCUGCGCCUCAGUGCAGCUCAGGUCCUCCUGCACCCUUGGGUCCAGGGGAACGCACCAGAGAGAGGUCUUCCAACUCCUCAAGCCCUACAGAGGAACAGCAGCACCAAAGACCUGAGCCUGUUUGCAGCAGAAGCCAUCGCCUUCCACAGGCAGUUGUCUCAGCACGAGCAGCAGCAGGAGGACUCGGCCGUGGCCGUGGUUUGUUCCGUGAGGCUUUCUCCUCCGUCCAACUCCAAACUGGCUCGCAGGAGGGCACAGUCCAUCGCCCUGCGCACCACAGACCACGCGUCAAAACUCACGGCCUGAAAGCCUCCUGCUCAUCCUGCUUUUUCACCUUUUUUAUCCUCUGUGUUUUUAGCAGCCUCUUAUCACUUGGCAGCUCUUCCUCUUGGCCAGAGUCCUGACUUUUAUGCAGGAUGCAUCAAACCCUUCCCCCCCACACGGGAGACUUAAAGUUACAUUUGAUCUUACCACAAUUUUAAUUUUUUUUGUAUUUGUGCUUUUAUGAAGCUUAUCCCAGCAUGUGAAGUGUUUCCAAUCAUUAACUUGUCUCAAACUGGGCUCAGAAAAGCCGAAAGCUGAGCUUUAGCAGACACAAACUACCUGGAGCACUGAUGUACUUUAAACCUGCUUGACUUGAGAAGGCGUUUACACGUCACUUCACUUUGUGUGCGCUCUUCAUUUAGCUCUUAAAGAGAUCAGAGGAAUCUCACUCAGUGAGACGACCUUUUCCGUCUUCCAACAUUAAAGGCCUACUGAAAUGAGAUUUUCUUAUUUAAACGGGGAUAGCAGGUCCAUUCUAUGUGUCAUACUUGAUCAUUUCGUGAUAUUGCCAUAUUUUUGCCGAAAGAAUUUACUAGAGAACAUCGACGAUAAAGUUCGUAACUUUUGGUCGCUAAUAAAAAAGCCUUGCCUUUAACGGAAGUAGCAGACGAUGUGCGCGUGACGUCACAAGUGUGGGGGCCCCUCACAUCCUCACAUUGUUUAUAAUGUGAGCAUCCAGAAGCAAGAGUUAUUCGGACCGAGAAAGCGACAAUUUCCCUAUUAAUUUGAGUGAGGAUGAAAGAUUUGUGGAUGAGGAAAUUUAGAGUGAUGGACUAGAAAAAAAAAAAAGUAAAAAAAAAAAAGGCGAUUGCAUUGGGAGCGAUUCAGAUGUUUUUAGACACAUUUACUAGGAUAGUUCUGGGAAAUCUCUUAUCUUUCUAUUGUGUUGCUAGUGUUUUAGUGAGUUAAAUAGUACCUGAUAGUCGGAGGGGUGUGGCCACAGGUGUGUUGACGCCAGUCUCUGAGGGAAGUCACGGCAGCUGCAGCACGACUUAUUUCCACAGUUUUCUCAUCGAAAACUGCCGGUCGACAUGUAGUCGGGAUCCAUGUUCGCCUGACCGCUCUGAUCCAUAGUAAAGCUUCACCUCGGGGGAUUUUAAACAAGGAAUCACCGUGUGUUUGUGUGGCUAUAGGCUAAAAGUUUCCCACCUCCAUCUUUCUACAUUGAUUUCUCCAUUAUUAAUUGAACAAAUUGCAAAAGAUUCAGCAACACAGAUGUCCAGAAUACUGUGUAAUUAUGCGAUGAAAAGAGACGACUUUUAGCCGUAAGUGGUGCUGGGCUAAAAUGUCCCCUCCAACCAAUAACGUCACAAACACACGUCAUCAUUCCGCGACGUUUUCAACAGGAAACUCCGCGGGAAAUUUAAAAUGGCAACUUAGUAAACUAAACAGGCCGUAUUGGCAUGUGUUGCAAUGUUAAUAUUUCAUCAUUGAUAUAUAAACUAUCAGACUGUGUGGUCGGUAGUAGUGGGUUUAAAUAUGUCCACUUAUCACACGCCAUUUAAGAAAUUAUUUUAUAUAGAAUGCUAAUAAAGGAUUCCUGUUUUUUUUUAUUUUUAUAUGCCUUUUUGUUGUGUCUUGUUCAGUCUGCUUCUUUGUUGCGAGUGUGCCAAGAAUGAGAGUAUUAUAUUGUAUCACUUUCCUUUGUCAUGAGCCCAUGUUCGUGUUUCCACCUGGUUGCCAUGGACACGACAUCUCUAUAGCAACAACUCGCUGCCUAAAAGUGCAGAAGCAAUUAUUUGUUAGGCGAAUAGCCUUUUAUCAAACAUGUUUAAUCACCAUUAUGCUGUAAAACGGAGGGAGGAUGUCCUCCAUUUAUAUUUUACAAAUUGUCAUCAUGCAUGACGUAAACUCUUUGGAGCAUAUUUUUAAAUGGUCAAUAAAAAUAUCCUUCUUUA